UAUAGUGUAUUUAAAAAUGAUCAUAACUUAACCGCUACAGAGUAAACUGUCAAAAAGGUUAACAUCGUUCGUCCAAGUUCCCAUUGUCGAAUGUGCUAUAAUAAUUUUCAUUACGUUCGUAUUCGUGCGUUCACGACAAUGUAUAUGAUUUUGAAUGAAAGAAUAAUUGACGUACCUUCAACGAUAAUCAUUGUUAUUCAUUAUAGACAUAUCUUUGUACCACCUGUAAAUUGUAGAAUUGUUUGAACUCUUACAGUUGAAGACUCUGUUUGAGUAAAAUAAAAAAAUUAAUAGUAAUAAUUAUGAGCGAUGUUCAAAAACUUUUUGCUUGCACGUCAUCAGGCUGCAAUAUGAGUUUCACCGAUGAGGAUCACUUAGCAAUUCAUAGAAAGAAGCAUGACAUGGUGUUGAAUCUUGAAAACAAUGGAAAAAAUACUGGAUUUGUAGCUGAUCAAACACCGACUCCAACUAGAUUCAUUCGUAAUUGCGAGGAAGUGGGAUUGUUUCAAGAUUUACAAAAUGUUAAUCCUUUCGAAGAGACUUUUCGAAGAGCUGUGGAAGCAAGAAACACUGGAACGCUUACUGUACCAGGAGAGGUGGGAAGUACGGACGACACGUUGCAUACUCCUCACAUAUUUCCACAUAUCGCAGAUGUAUUGUCGGAUGGUACUCACAUUCUUUCUGAAACUAACCAAGAAUGUUCUACUUCUAUAGCGGUCAUAGACAAAACUACGUCUAAUGAGAGAUCUUCCGUUGAAACGCAAACUUGUUCGGACUUAAAUUUACAUUUAAACGAGUCUCAUCUUAUGAAGGAGAAUACACUAACGUCUUCCAAGACCACGGCUCUUCACGCAGAAAGUAUUGUUCUGCAACAUUUGAACGUGUCUGUCACUCCUAAAAAAAUACCUCUACAGUCUUCUUCGAAAUUAUCUAUAAAUGGGGAAGAGGUUGAAUUACUGUUGAAAACAGCGGAUGGUAAAUUGAUGCAACUUUCUGCCAAUCCAAUAUGCGAAUCCUCCCAAGCGUCUAGCUUGACACCUUCCCAGGUUUCUACCAUCGAACACACGAGACAACAAAGCGUACUAGUGAGAUCUGAAUUUCCACGAAACAUGGUACCAGUUAUAGAACCAAAUAAAGCUCUAUCUUCCAAAAUGACUUUUGCAAAAAUGAAAUUACAGCAGGUCCUAACGAAGAAGGUAAACGCCAUUGAAAUUGAAAAAUCUCCCGAAACAAUAAUAAAACGAGAUAACAAUCAGCCGUAUGAAAAGGAAAAUCCAAAUGGGAACGUCGAUCAGCAUAAAAAGAAGGAACUUCUCGAACGUAAUCGUGCCAGUUCGAUGCGUGCCAGAGCGAAACGAAAAGCUUGGAUUCAACAUUUACAAAAAACCGUGACUAACGUUAACGAAGCUAAUGCAGCUUUGCAAUUGGAAGUAAAAGCUUUGCGUAACGAGUUGACGAGAUUGAAGACUCUCUUAUUAGCUCACAAGGAUUGUCCAAUAACGAAAGAGAUGGAAAAAGGCAAUAGCGUAGUAUUAGGAACUAAAAUAAUAUCGGUGAAUGCCGAUUCGAUUGAUACCACGGGAUCUACUAAUAAUACUCCUCCGAUAAAAACCUUGACAACUUUUGUUCCUGAUGUGUCAACAAAAAAAUCGAUCUCGACGACAACGAAAAAUCCAAUAAUAUUGCCGAAGGUCGUUGAACGUCCCGUAACAACGACUCCCAUUAUUACCAGCGGAACUAUCGUCAAAAAUAUCCCUGCCAUUAAGUUAGUCGAGGUGACACAUUUCAUAGCGGAAAAGGAUAACGAGGCGAAACAACAGCAACAAAUCAUGAUCGUUCAAAGUCCAACUAUUAGGAGAUCGGAUGAAUCGAUGCAGCCAAGAAGAAAGAUUAUACGACUGAAUCCUAAUUACGAGAUUAGACAGGCCUCGUCGAAAACGACUACGACGGCGACGACAACGACGACGUGAAAAUAUUAACGAACUUUUUCUUUUGGCUUCAUUUUCAAUUUUUUUUUUUUUUUUUUAUUUUUUUUUUUUUCCUUUACAAAUUCCAAAGCUAUUCAUUAUUAUUUUAAGUCAACUCUCGCGAGGCGGGAGAGAGGAGGAACAAGAAACCGCGUUAUGCACAUUAUAUAUAUAUAUAUAUAUAUAAAUUUUGUAUAUAAUAUUUACUUAGAUUAUUAAAUUAACAUCGAGACUUUCUCUUAUCGUUAUUAGAGAGUAUAUUAUUAUAUAAACACACAAGUGUGCCUGAACUCAAGUCUUGUAAAUAUUUUAACUAUGUAUCUCUAAUAUAGCCUGGUAUAGCGUAGAAGGGCUUGUUAACUAUUGAGAUCUCUUACCUGUGUUGUAACAACAAAAUCACUCGUGCGAAAUCGGAAGCCAAUUAGCUGCUAAAUAGAAAUUCUCUCUCUCUAGAGAGAAAGAGAAAGAGAGUGAGAGAGAGAGAAACGUGAAGGAGG